AUGGAGGAAGACGGUAUCGUUUCGAAGGCAGUGGCGUUGAUCGCUUGCAUAGCAAUGGCCCUGUUCUACGUCGCCAUCCUCUACGCUCCCACCGUCCUCCUCCGUCUACCACCUCCUUCUUCUUUCCAAACCUACAUGGUUCGACGCUUCCUGUGCGCCGUCGUUUCGUCCAUCCUCUCCCUCUUCCUCUCCGCAUUUAUCCUCCCCGUGCAGACUAAGGAACUGCGUCACAUUGUUGGGGUAUUUGGCAUCCGGAAGGACCAUAUUUGGCAGGCUGUGGUCCUUCCACUUUGCUUGACCUCCCUAAUGUAUGCUGGGUCUAUCUUCCUCAAGUGUGUUCUGUUACUGGCUUCUUGGAGGCAACACACAAGUUCUGCUGGUGCCCUUUCCUUUGAUUCCUGCAAAUGUGCCUUACAGCAGUUUCUUGACUGGUUAUCUGCGAUGUCAUCAAAUAUUUUGGUGUGGCGAAACUAUGUUGUGGCACCCCUUACUGAGGAGUUGGUGUUUAGGGCAUGCAUGAUACCUUUACUUCUGUGUGGAGGAUUUAAAACAUACAGUGUUACUCUUAUUUGCCCUAUUUUCUUCAGCUUGGCACAUUUAAAUCAUUUCGUGGAGAUUUACAGCAAGCAAAAUUACAGAUUUAUGAAGCUUGUUAUGGUUACAGGUCUCCAACUUGGCUACACGGUUGUCUUUGGUUCAUAUGCAUCAUUUCUUUUCAUUCGAACUGGACACCUUGUAGCACCUUUAGUGGCGCACAUAUAUUGUAAUUUUAUGGGACUUCCUGUAUUGUAUUCGCAGAGGAAUGGGAUUAUAAGUGUAACAUUCAUAAUAGGAUUCCUGGGCUUCUUGUGGCUUCUUUUCCCAUUGACGGGACCAGAUUUGUAUAAUGAUAGAAUAGAUAACUGCAGUUGUUGGCAAGGGUACUGCACAUGGAGGGAAACGAUAAGAAUGCCCCAGAUGUAA